GGCUGACUUCAGUUCGUUGGUCGGGUAGACGCACUCAAUUUUAUCGCUGUCAACUUCUUUUCCAGCUAAAUAAAGCGCUGAUGCAGCGAAACAUGAUGGCCAUAAAAGCGCCAGCGGUCACUAAGGCCACUUCUUGCGUUCAUUGCUCUAGUUCCAGCUCACGCACCGUCCAUCGCGGCAUUUGCAAUAUCCCGCGCCCGAGACAGCGGAGCAGCAUCCUGUCCGCGGCGAACCGGCCCCGCGCCGUUGGUGUGUCGCUUGGCGUGAACGUGAUGGCUUGCACCGACCCGCGCGCGCACAUCCAUGGUUUCCCAGCUGCCUCGACCGAACAUAGUUCCUUAAACCAGCGUGAAACAAGGCAGUCGCUCUCCUAUCCGAAGGUGUCUUCUGACCGCAUUUUCCCACCAUUCGUUCCGGAUCCCACGGAGCUCAGGAACAUCCCGUCCGCAGCAGAGAGGGCAGAAUACACUCGCCAAUGCGCUACUACUCACUCGAAUAUAUCAUCAAUGGGCGCGAUUGCAGAAAGAAGUGAACAAGCUGGCUCGGCGGGGCAGUCGCAGCGAAGCAUUUUCGAAGACGAAAGUGUUUUCGAUUUCGGUACAACAACUGCGAACAAAACCAGGGAGACAAGCGCGGAAAAUUUAUCACGCUUGAAAGAAAGCUCAUCGCUAGGCGAAGUGGACCCAGAAUCGAGAACCACGAGCACCAGCAGUCCCACUACCACUCCCGGUCUCCUCGCCCGCGUGUCCGCGGCCACGAAAACCGCGCUGAACCAGCAGAGCCUUCUCGUGGAGCAGAUCUCGGAGAAAGCAAGCGAGGCGUGGGACAAGGUGAACCCGACCGGGCCAGUGCUGAACGAGCGGGAGUUUUUUUCCAAACUCACCGCCGUGUUGAUGGAGGGCGAGGUUUGGACGUUCGCGCGGUUCUUGGAAUACCAACUCAAGAUGCGCGAACUGUUACCGAAGUUGCAAACGUUUCUCGAGUAUCAAAUGCAAAAAUGUCUGGGUCUGGAAGGUUGGAGCUUGUGAUGCUAACUUUGGACUCUAAAAAAAUCUGUAUUGCAUGACCAGCAAGAGGAGUCUAGUUUGUUCUACGCGGGGAGGGCAUUUGUCAUGCGGAAUAGGCAUCAGGAAGCCCACUAAAAAUCUGCGAUGCUAGGCCAUGCAUUACAGACAUCGCGGAUUAUGCAAAAUAUGCAUGACAAACCCGGCAGCAUUCCAGACCCAGAUACUUUUGCAUUUGAUAUGGAGCGGAAGAAGCAGGAGGGGUUUUUCGGCGAGCUGCCGCCCCGGGAACAGAUGAUGGAGCUUACUGAGAGGAAAAAUCCCCCCUCCCCAUAUUGAAAAGGUAUGUUUCCGAAAAUUUGUGUUGCUGAUUUGUGACCACAGAUCAGGUUUGUCUUGCAAGAGGACAAGUGCAGAGGCAUCCGCCCAAUUGUGGAAGCGAUUUAGCAUGCUGUUGGUCCUAGAGGGUAGCCGUUUGCAAUGCUGAACAGCUAGGCCUGCGCGCUCCCACCUAGGCUGCGGAUCUAGCCGCAGCGCCUUAGUGCAAGACAAGUCGGAUUUGUGUACGCAAAUCAGCAGCAGAAGUUUCCAUUUUCAUAUGGGGACGAGGGGGGAUUUUUCAUUUUGAUGGACCUUCGCCAGUGCGACAUGGUCAUUCGGGUCCUCCGGGCUAUGACGCCGCGCGAGCUGCAGUCCAACUGCCGCUUGGUGUUUUGCGCCGAGGCGAAACGACUGCUGGCGGAGAAGGCGGGCUGCAAGGCCCACGACGUAAAUUUGAUCCUCGAUCAGCACAACGAGCUCCGCGGCGACCGCCGGUGGUUCCAAAUCCGCCAGCAGUUUGGGCGGCGCCUGCCCUACGACUUCCAGGAGCGAUCGCGGAUGGCUUUGUACGAUCGACCGCGCACGAAGGUGGACCCGAUCACGGAACAGCUCCUGACGAAGGUGGGCGUGCGCGACGCGCGGAAGAACCAGCCGUCGCACCCGAAACGGGCGAAGACCUGGGUGUACCGCCGGCCGAGCGUGGGCGGGAACCGCUGGGCCACGCAGCCGCCUCGGUGGAUGCCGCGGAAUCCACCAAAUGUUGCAAAUCGGAAAGUCCGGUUAGUGUGAGCAAGGUGCGGGCGAAAAAUGAUCAGAAGCCCGCUUUGGCUGAGCAUGCCAUUUUUGUCAGUUCAUGGAAUGAAGAUUGAAAGCACGACGCAAAAAAUGCAUCAUUUUCUUUUCAGUGGUGUGGAGAUCCAACUCUUGUACAUCUGUACAACCUCGAUGGGGCCACGACUCUUGUCAAUGCACUUUUGUGGACCGCACCAUAGCACUGUUUUUCUGAAAGCGCAUGCCGCCGGGCUCGCGAAAUUUCACUUGUUUGUUUGCCAGACCGAGGGCGCUCAAG